AUGCCUGAGUCGAACACGACCCCGGACCAGGUCUCCAUUGACGACCUGACCCCCGAGGAGGCCAACCGUAUCAUCCACUCUCAUCGCAAGGUCCGCUAUGGCACAGCAUGUUGGCCUUGCCGCCAGCGCAAGGUGAAAUGCGACAACAAGCAACCAUGCGAGAACUGCGUCAAGCGCGAGCAUCCACAACUGUGCUCCUACAAACCUAACCGUACCGCCUCUCACGGAACCAAACCCGCUGCCUCCGUCACCACCGAGACGGGCAGCAACGCGGGCGGAAACACCACUACCACCGUAGCCAACAAUCGCAAAAGGCCUCACUCGCCCGAGGGCUCCGCUGCCGACGUCGCCGCCGGCGCUCCUCCAGCCAAGGUGGAGGCCGGAGCCGCGACCUGGCCUCGUACGGCCAUUGCGCCCCGUGCGGGCGGAGCAGUCGCGGCAAGCGUGGACGAGACCGAAGCCCCCGAGGCCGUCACGCGCUACCUUGGCCAGAACAGCAUCCCGUCUCUCCUGCGAGAGCAGUCGGCCGCCAACGAGCUGCAGGAGGGCGUCGACAUCCGUCAGGACAUGAGAUCCAUCCUGGGCCUCGACACGUCGGCGCCCUUCCCGCUCAUGUCUUCAAAACACCUCGACAGCCUAACGCGAGAGAUCUCGGCCGAGCUGCCAUCGGAUCGAGAGGUGAUGAAGUUAUUCCGCACAUACAAGGAAACACCACAACAGUUUUGGGGCUUCGUUGUCGACAUUGACGACCUCGAGUCCAAGCUCAUGGUCUACCUCGAAGACAGGGCGCGCAACGCGAGCAACGCAACGAGAACGCCCAAGCCGGUAUCGGCAUCAUGGCUGGCCAUACUCUUUGCGCUCCUCGCCGUGGGUUCGCAGUACCACGACUCCCCUUAUCACAUCCGCACACGAGACUCGCAAAAAUACAUACAAAUUUCGUUCCACUUCCUGAGGCUAGGGAAUUUCCUGCUACGACCCACAUUCGACUCCAUUCAAGCUCUGCUACUAACCAGUUUUGUUCUGCUCAAUGACAUGAAGGCAGAGGCGUCGUGGGCUUUGCUGGGUCUGACAUGUCGUCUUGCACAAUCCCUUGGUCUUCACCGGCCAAAUCCCUCGGAUGGAAGAGAUAGCGCUCGUAAUGAUGGACAGUCGAAGGAGAUGAUUCGCCGCAAGCUGUGGUGGACAUGCGUAUGGCACGAUACCCUCACAUCAUUGUCCUUUGACCGCCCGCCAAUGACAAACAUCCCCUGCUGCCCUAUCCCGACGGUCCAACAUACGAUGGCCGGCGAAUACGGAUACCUCGAUACGAUGUACCACCUCUGCGAGAUCAUCUCUCGACGCCUGAACCCUGACGUCGCCACCGCCGUAUCCUACGAGCAAAUGGUUGAAAACUGCGAAGCCGUCGAGAACCUCCGCAACAUGGUCGCCCCGAACAUCCGCAUCAAGGAGCAGUGCAAGACGGCCAUCGACCGCCUGCAGCACUACGCCGUCCGCCUGCAUACCUCCUUCGUCAUCUCCGUCUGCUGCAGACCAGCGUUGCGGAGGGACUGCACCAAGCUCACGUCCGAGCAGAAGCGCCACCUGUCCGACAAGUGCCAACAUAACCUCGCCGAGACGGUGCGCAUGUUCCUCGCCAUGCACCAGCUCUCCGUCAUCCCCACCCGCAGCUGGGCCUUCACCUACCACGGCCUCUCGUCGGCGCUCCUCCUCGGCAUCCUCGGCGAGACCAAGAACAGCCCCGAGGUGCGACAGUUGCAGGGCGACCUCAUCGCGGCGCUGUCUGCGACGGCCGCGAAGGAGGCCACCUCACCGGCGGAGCACAUCCCUAAGACGGACAAGGACAUUGAGCUGUCUGGCCCGUUGUGGAGGGCCCUGACUGCGCUGCGGAACAUCUACGAGCACGGCACAAUCAUGGGCACGUCGCAGAAGAAGGACUCGGACUCGAGCGGGACGGGGAGCGGAGCCAGGACGCCGCUACCGCCGAUGCUGAUGGGCCCGAUGGGGGCCAACGGAAAUGGGAACGGCGGUGUCAACAAGGCUUUCGGCAUGGAUCCCCACCAAGACGCCGCGCUGGCCAUGGCGGAGAUGCAGAAUGGCACUACCAUGGCGGAGUACAACCCCAACAUGACUUAUCCUCCCGUAAUGGAGGGCCUUCCCAAUAUGGACCCAUCGACGUACAUGUCGCCGAUGGACUUGUACGAAUCGAUUUGGUGGGAAUCACCCGACCCUUGGAACUCAGGCGUCGACACCAUGAACUUUGACUUUGUAGCCCAACCACCGCCGGGUCAACCUCAACAACAAUUCUACUUCUAA